UAAAAUCUUUAAGAAUGCUUUUUAUUUAUCGAGUAAGUACACAGAUGUGGACAUUACAGGUCUACUUGCAGAGAUUGCUUUUCCAAACAACAUGCUGAAAAGUAUAGGUACAUUUGAGCAAUUAUAAGCCUUCUUGAAGUAUUGACCAUCCAUUAACACAGUGCACAGAUGAUGGACAAAAGUCAAGUCUUUUCUAUAGUUGACAUCCAGUGACGUACCUCAGAUGAAGUACACCAAGAACAGCAUGUGACAGUUGAAGUCAACAACAACUCAGCAAUAGGAGGCGUAUGCAGCUCUAACAGAAUGCAAAGGUGGAUUUUGAGGACUUUAUCAAUAUUAUUACUUUACUGGGUCAAAUCUUCAGUGUCCAGGGUACUACCUAGGGACCCCAUUCUACAGAUUGGCACUACUCUGAAUCUAACCUGUACUGUAGAUGAUACAGAUAAGAUAAACCUGAAACUGCUUGAAUUUCUGAGACCCAGAACAAGUUUGGACUCUCACCCGAAGCUGAUUUCCCAAACAACAGCAUUGUUACAAGUGAGAAACGUUCAGGAAGAAGAUGCUGGACAGUAUGAGUGCUUCUAUAAUAAAACACUGCAAGGGGGGCAGUUACUUACUGUGGGAUAUUUAGAUGCACCAACAGAUGUAAAGUGUGUCUUCUACAACUUUGAAAUUUUGUCAUGUUCUUGGAAUCAAGGAAGAAACCCUCUUCUCAGCACAACUUGGAAUGCCUAUUGGAAAAGAAGAAUAUCUGAUCAUAAUUGGAGUAGCUGCAAGCACCCAGAACCCAGUGUCCCAGCCUGCAACUGGACCACCAGUUCAGAGAAUGGCUCUGACACCCUGUGGAUCAAUGAUAUGAUAUGGAUCAAGGUUCAAGCAGAAAAUGCCCUAGGGACAGCUUCAAGUGACCAGUUGGUGGUAUAUACAAAUGCUAGCCUGGUCCAACCUGCACCAAUUCCAUCCAAUGACAUUAUUUUUGUUGCCCCUCGACUGUCUUGGCAACCUCCAGUUUUUCCUUCUUAUGUGCAUCCAGUGCCUCUAGACUAUCAGAUUAACAUAUCUCUACUGUCUGGACAGCCCCUGGAGAGUCACCACAUAACAGCCCUCUCCAAUGAGAGUGCAUCCGUUGAGCUUCUUGCAUUGCAUCUAGAUGUCUAUGCUUACACAAUCACUGUGUGCAGCAAGCCAAAUAUGGGGGGCUUCUGGAGUGAGGCAACAACAGUUCAUGUUGGUUUCAUUGGCACUUAUGGUAUACCUUUUGACAGUGUAUUCAUUCCAACCUUCGUCGUAUUUUUACUUUUUCUCUUGGGAGCAAUUGUUGUGGGAAGCAAAUUCCAUCAUUACUUAAGGAAAUGUUUCUUAAUCCCUAUCAGUGUACCCAAACCAGUCCCUGAGGUGGUGGAGUACUCAUUCCAGAAUUAUGAAAAAUGCAAUGGCCAUGGAUCAUCAGGUUAUUCCAGCUACAGAACAGAAUGCAGUAGUAAUGCAGAGUCAGGAGUCCCUACUCAUGAUAAUGGAGCAGAUAAAGAAAGUUGUGGAGGUAGCUGUGCACUGGAGUCUGAAUCAACAAGCUCUGCUGCCUCUGCAUUCUGUAAAUCAGAGGCACUUACUAACUACCCCCAAUGUUGUGUUCCACAAACAUGCCCCAAGGAGGGAUACUCAAAGUUUGCCCAUGCAAAUGGCAAUACAUGCUUUGAAAAUAUGCCUUAUGUUUUUCUAGACAAGGAAAAAAAGAUUGUUAAAAAGGGAAGCAUAAAUGAUGACCCUAAUGAGAUGGAUACAAUUCCUGUCACAGAAACACCACUACUUGAAAAUGCUUUAGGUGCUACACUCCAUAAGGUUAAAGGCAAAUAUUAUCCAAAACGGUAUUAUGAGGAUGCAAGGGAUGAAGCUGGAUAUGUAACAUGGAACACUUGAUUAUAAAUGUUGGAAAUUGUAUUGUUCUUUAAAUUUCAGUAGAAUUAAUGAAAAUGUAAAAUUACUUAUCAAAUCUUAUCUGAUUUACUGCUUAUGGAUUUUUUUAUACAAGAAGGGUUACUCUUUCCUUUUGGAUGUAAAAAAUCAAAAAUAUGAUUGUUAUUAUUAUCAUAAUUUCAUUAUUGUCAGUAUUAUCAUUAAUAUUAUUAUUACUCACUGCCCCCAGUCCACUUUCUUGGUUUAACAAAUUUGCAAAAUGGUGCAUUUUUUUUUCAAUGCAUGAACAAUGAAUCUGUCAGCCUUUGUCUUCCCUUUACUUUUAUUCCCCUUUGAAAAAGAUUGUCUGAAUCUUCCAUUUUAUUUUGAAAAUGAGGGGACACUCCUUGGCUCUUGCCCAAUUUUCCAAAAGAUAAAUUUAUACACAUAGUCUACAGAUUUUUUAUACAUACAUUUAUAUAUUUUUUGACAUGACAAUGUAUAUAUGAUAUAAUGACAGUUAUGUUUUAAGAAAAGAUGUUUUAACAGUACUUUUUAUUUGGCCAGUAAAACCAUAUUUUGUCUAGUAACAUAUUCUUUGCGUCCCAACAGAGGAACAAUCCAGUAUAAGGACAAUUUUCUGUCAUAUCUUUGUUGUCUCUAAAUGUUGUUUUGUAUCUUAUAUAUUUUAUAAAACUUAAGAUAAUCUAAUAAGCCUCAAGAUUAUGUUGUCCAUUAGUUAGCAUGGAAGUGUUGACAUAAUUCUGUAUUAUGUGCUCUGUCUAGAGAAUUUAAAAAAAUAAAUAAGUAGCGAUUGAUUUAGUUGUUUAAAUCUUAAAGGUUACAUAAAAAGUAGGUGAAAUCAUGUAAUGAUUACUUACCCACAUUAACUUACAAUUAUGUUUAACCAUUCUAUGUGUAACAUUUUGUUCAGG